ACUUUAUCAACGGCAAUCAACGUCAAUUUUGAGAGCGUCGCUUUCUCAUUCUUAAAUUCGCGGAAUGGAAAAGUUUGAAUCGCGAAAUAUACAAUUGCGAAACGUGCGAAAAUCGCGCUCUAAUUUAUCAUUCCAGAUUUGAUGAGGAAAUUUUAAAAAGUGUAACUCUAAUACGUUAUAAUAUUUUCUAUUUGAGUAAUAUUACAAAUGUCGGGAGUGAACAUCUUAAAAAAAUUUAUUAAACAAAUAUAUCGAGAAAAUUAUCUUCUAUCUUUAACUGUAGAUUUGUGAGAUUGUAAUCUCCGUAGCAUAAGCAAAUAUAUCAAAAAUUCCUGCAAAACGUAUUUUGCGAGAGAACAAAAAUGGAAGAUACAAAUUUAAACGAAGUGCUUACUAUAAAAAAUUCGGCAAAGAUUGCGCGGCUAGGCGAGCAGCCUGACAUCGAGCCGUUAAAAUUGAAAACGUAUAAGAAAAGAUGGAUAAUGCUGAUCAUCUACAUGAUCUAUAACGGAGUAAGCGCUUGUCAAUGGAUAGAAUACUCGAUUAUAGCUAACAUAAUCACUAGAUAUUACGGAGUGUCUUCGUUAAUGGUCGAUUGGACUUCGAUGGUGUUCAUGCUGCUUUACGCGGUAUUCGUAUUCCCAGUGCAACGAUUGUCAAACAAUUGCGGUCUACGAUGGAUGGCUAUUUUAGGCAGCGGUUUGAGCUGCUUGGGUGCAUGGAUAAAAACUUUUUCCGUUCACCCCGAUAGAUUCUACGUCACUUUCAUUGGGCAGUCUGUAGUCGGAUUUACCCAGACUCUGAUCCUACCGAUACCAGGACGCUUAGCCGCACAAUGGUUUCCUUCUAAUGAACUUUCAACCGCCACGAGUUUGGGUAUUUUUGGUAAUCAAUUUGGAGUAGCAUUGGGUUUCCUCUUGACGCCUAUAAUAGUAAAGAAUCACGAAAAUCUAGAUGACAUUGGCAACGAUCUAUCACGUUUAUGCUGGACCGUUGCAAUCGUUACCACGAUUGGAUUUAGUCUAGUACUCAUAUUAUUUCAGGAAGAACCGAAACUGCCACCAAGCGAGACGCGAGCGUUACAAAAACUGGAUCGAAUGAAGAAAGAGGAGGCAUUCCUCGUGCCGAUUAAAAGACUCUGUAAAAACAAAAGCUUUAUUCUACUCUGUAAUUCUCACGGUUUGAGCAUCGGUGUGCUGAAUGCUGUGGGUACAUUACUCAAUCAAAUAUUCCUCAUGCACUUUGAGAAUGGAGAGGAAGAUGCGGGCAGAAUUGGAUUAGUUAUGAUUAUCAGCGGUAUGGCCGGAGCCGUCAGUUUCGGUAUCAUCCUUGAUAAAACACAUAAAUUCAAAGAGACUGCCGUGACUGUAUACUUUCUCACAUUGUGCGGUCAAAUACUAUUCGCGGUAUUUAUUUAUGUCGGCAUUAAAUGGAUGGUAUAUGUAUCGGCGAUGUUUUUAGGAUUUUUCAUGUCGGGAUACUUUGCAAUGGGAUAUGAAUUGUGCACCGAAUAUACAUAUCCGGAAUCGGAGAAUAUAUCCGCCGGAAUCCUCAAUAUAACAAACAGCAUUUACGGCAUAAUACUCAUUAUAAUAUUGGGAAUAUUAUUGAAAGCGUACGGCGAUAUUCCGGUGCACAUUGCCUUAUGCUCGACUUUGUUGCUCGGUUUCAUCUUAACUGUUUUGACGAAAGACGAGCAAAGACGACAGGAUGCAAGGAAAAAGGCUCAGCAUGAAGGAACUGCGAAGCUCGAUAAUGUUCCAGAAACCGAGCAACUAACUUAUAAUAACAAUUAACAGAUGUAAACAAAUUGUUCAUGUUGUAUAUAUAAAUUUUCAAACUAUUGUGAUUUCAUGCUGGUUUUUGAUCGAUGCUUUUGCAUCUUCUAAGCAAAAUAUACAUUUACAGUUAAUAUAAAUAGGAAAAUAAGAAAUAAUUUCAUAUUUUGCACA